UUUUAUUUAUUUAUUUGCGUUUUGGUUUCGUUUUUCCAACCAUACACUUGACCAAGUAGCCUAGAUUUGAUCUUUUAUAAGUUAUAUAAUUCUGUCAAUUUCCCUGUUAGAAUCAGAAACAAAAUUUCAUCCUGAAAUUCUUGCAAGUUAUUUUUUUCCUAAGAUGAUUUAUCCUUUUCUUUGUGGUACUCUCCAUCACCAACAAGAAGAUGAUGGAAUCUGGUCUAGCAGCCCUGUUUGUUCACCGAGAAAAUCAAAAAGAAAGAAAGACACCAAGAACCCCUACUCAACACGGGGGCUUGACCAAUUUUCUGCACUUUUAGCAGAACUUGAAGAGAAAAGGCAAAAAAUUUACUCACAAACGGGAUCACAAAGCAUGGUUCGAUUCGUCUAUAAGAACUCAAACGACUGUGUCCCAGUUGUGGUAAAUCUGAAAGACAAGAAAGAAGAGAAAACCAAACCAGAAAACACCAAAGAAAGGUAUGUUUCCGAACCCAUUAAUAAGCUUCAAACCCCAUCAGGAUCUGAUAAAAACAUGGAUAUGAAAGUGAAGAAGAGAUUUUCAUGGAAUAGUGCUCUGAGAAAGCCUUCUCAUUACAUCCCAGCAAUUAUAAUAUUGAUUUUGUUGAUUUUGGUGUUUUUCGGAAGAUCAGUUGCAAUAUUAGGUACUUGUAUUGGAUGGUAUGUAGUUCCUACAAUCAAUGGGGAAGGAUCAAAUUUAAGAACAUCAAUGAAAAAGAAAGAUUAUGGGAGAAGACAGAGUGGAAAUAAAUUGGUUGGUGGGAAACUAUCCUUCCAAAAGAGUUAAAAAGAAUUGGGUUUACCUCUGCAUCACAGGAUCUGAUGUAAUCAUUUCAUUUGUAUUUUAAUGUAAAAUACAGUUUGUUGUAUUAUACGAGUUUUGAGAGGAAAUCUGAGUUAAGUUGCCUUGUAAUUGUAUAAUUUCUAGUGGAAAUGGUUUUGAUAUUAGAA